GCCUACAUCGUGACGCAGAUGCCUCUGCCUGAUACGAUCGUUGACUUCUGGAGUAUGUUGUUUGACCAGCAAUGUGCGACAAUAGUUAUGCUGAAUGAAUCCAGUGAAGAUAGAGAGACAAGUGGUGUGUACUGGCCAAUAGAGAAAGUGGUUUCUUAUGGUCCUUUUAAUGUGGAAAUAAUCUCUACGCGCCAGAGCGGGAAAGCCAUCACCGUUAGAGAGUUAAGAUUGGUCAAUUCUCGAGAUCAGUCGGGCUCCCCAAGAGAAGUUCGCCAAUUCCAGUUUCAUGACUGGAUAACAUCAGAACCAGUGCCGCCAUCACCGCGUGCGUUUCUUGAGCUGUUUGACGCAGUUCAACAAUGGCAACAAAAAAGUGAAAACACUUCCAUAACUGUCCACUGCAUGUAAGUUAAAC